AUGGGUACUCCUUCCCCAGCAAAGCAAACGUCGCCUCGCGGGACUCAUCGCCACUUGCUGAGGGAUCUCUCGACGCACCCCUCUACUAUGUCAACUUUCUACUUAAGCAGGCAGGAGGUGAUUCAGCAAGGUGGAACGACCAUUAUCGAUGCACCCCUCUAUUAUGCCAGGUGCCUGAUUGAGCAAGCAGGAGGCGAUUCAGCAGUAGAAGCGAUCUCAAGAGGCGAAACAGCCAUUAUCGUGUUCCCUCCACUAUGUCACGUGUCUGCUUAA